AUGGGAGGUCUGGGAACCGGAGGAACGGAGGGGGAGAAUGGGAGGUCUGGGAACCGGAGGAGCGGAGGGGGAGAAUGGGAGGUCUGGGAACCGGAGGAGCGGAGGGGGAGAAUGGGAGGUCUGGGAACCGGAGGAGCGGAGGGGAGAAUGGGAGGUCUGGGAACCGGAGGAGCGGAGGGGAGAAUGGGAGGUCUGGGAACCGGAGGAGCGGAGGGGGAGAAUGGGAGGUCUGGGAACCGGAGGAGCGGAGGGGGAGAAUGGGAGGUCUGGGAACCGGAGGAGCAGAGGGGGAGAAUGGGAGGUCUGGGAACCGGAGGAGCGGAGGGGAGAAUGGGAGGUCUGGGAACCGGAGGAGCGGAGGGGGAGAAUGGGAGGUCUGAGAACCGGAGGAGCGGAGGGGGAGAAUGGGAGGUCUGGGAACCGGAGGAGCGGAGGGCAGAGGGGAGAAUGGGAGGUCUGGGAACCGGAGGAGCAGAGGGGAAGGGGAGAAUGGGAGGUCUGGGAACCGGAGGAGCGGAGGGGGAGAAUGGGAGGUCUGGGAACCGGAGGAGCGGAGGGGGAGAAUGGGAGGUCUGGGAACCGGAGGAGCGGAGGGGGAGAAUGGGAGGUCUGGGAACCGGAGGAGCGGAGGGGGAGAAUGGGAGGUCUGGGAACCGGAGGAGCGGAGGGGGAGAAUAG